GGCUGAUCGACUUUGACAACAAGCGCUCGUGGUUCCGUACGAAAGUACGAUCCACGGACAGCGACCGGACGUACGGAUCGUUGCGGUUGGCUGUACGGCGCGAGCACGUGUUUGAGGACAGCUUCUACCAGCUGCGAGGGCGGCCUGCGGAGGAGAUGAAGCUCAAGCUGAACGUGACGUUCCAGGGCGAGGAGGGCAUCGACGCGGGCGGUGUGACCCGCGAGUGGUACCAAGUGAUGGCGCGCGAGAUGUUCAACCCCAACCUCGCGCUCUUCGUGACGGUGCCCGACGGCGGCUCAACCUUCCAGCCCAACCCCAACAGCCACGUGCAGAACGACCGGGGCAUCUCGCACCUUGACUACUUCCGUUUCGUUGGGCGGGUGGUGGGCAAGGCGCUGUACGACGGUCAGCUCAUCGACGCCUACUUCACGCGCUCCUUCUACAAGCACCUACUGGGCUCGCCGCUGACGCAUGUGGACCUGGAGGCCGUGGAUCCCGAGUACUACAAGGCGCUGGCCUGGAUGCUCUCCAACGACAUCACCGACGUCCUCGACCUGACCUUCACCGCCGAAACCGAUUUCUUCGGCCGCAAGGAGACUGUGGAGCUGGUGCCAGGCGGUAAGGACCUGCGGGUGACUGAGACCAACAAGCGCGAGUACGUCAACCUGGUUGCUCGGCACCGCAUGACGACGUCCAUCAAGGCGCAGAUCAGCGCCUUCCUGGAGGGCUUCUGGCAGCUGGUGCCGCGGCACCUGAUUGCCAUCUUUAACGACCAUGAACUGGAGCUGCUGAUCAGCGGUCUGCCGGACAUCGACCUGGACGACCUGCGCGCGCACACCGAGUACAGCGGCUACAGCGCCACCUCACCCGUCAUCCGCUGGUUCUGGGAGGCGGUGGGGGACAUGGACAAGCAGGAGCGAGCGCAGCUGGUGCAGUUCGUGACGGGCACCAGCAAGGUGCCGCUGGAGGGGUUCAAGGCGCUGCAGGGCAUCAGCGGGCCGCAGAAGUUCCAGAUCCAUAAGGCCUACGGGGAUGGUUCCCGGCUGCCCUCCGCACACACCUGCUUCAACCAGCUGGACCUGCCCGAGUACGACAGCAAGGAGCAGCUGGUGGAGCGGCUCAAGGUGGCCAUCCAUGAGGGCAGCGUGGGCUUUGGGUUCGGGUAAAGGCACGGUACAGGGAGAAGGUAGACGCGCUGGGAGGCGGGCUGGGAGGCGCAGGGGUGGGGGUAGGAGGAGGCGUGAGGGUGGUGGGCACAUGUGGAGGGCAACAAGGAUGGGGGCAUCAGGGGGCGGUGAAGGCUCUAGUGCGAGGGUGUUGUUGUGCGCCCACAUCCUGCCUGGGCCUGGCUGCUUGGCUGCUAGUCGGUUUCGUUAACGGCAGUGUAGCGUAGUUGGAAGUUGAGAGGAGGAUGUAACUGCAGGUGUUGGCGUUGUUGUAGGAUGGCCCAGGUGCCUCCUGGCUCUGAUUGUAGCGUUUUGGCUGUGCUUCCGUUGAAACAUGCGUGUAGUAGUAGGCGCGGCAGGCCGAGAUGUGGGCUGGGCUGCACGAUAGUAAAAGUAGGUUUGGCUGGAGACACUUGGGCGUGCUGGGCUCUGGGACAUGGGACAAGGGAGACGGAGAGACUCAAAUUGUUGAGUGGGGGAGAGAUUGUCAAGAGCAAUAGGCUGGAACAGUCAAGGGUAGCGGUGGGGAGCGGGUGAAGCAGACACGAGU